CUCUCUCUCUCUCUCCGAGAUAUCUUCUUCUUAUUGUAAGGAAAAAGUGGCCUCCAAAAAGGCAGCUUAAUUGGGGGGCCAUCUCGCCUUCUCCACUGCAGCCAUCUCUCUCUCGUGUUCUCUUUUGCCUUCCUCUGGACUCGUCUCUGGUCCUUGGUCUCUUCUUCCUCCCCUUCUCUCUCUGUACGGCUUCAUGCCCCACCGGUUCUGACCGCGAAAGAGAGUUCGGAAUGCUUCAGAGCUCUCCGGAGUGGUUCUAGUUGAUUUCGCCACGGAUCUAGCUUCAAUUCGAUGUAGAAGGUGCGCAGUCCUAGUUCUCCGGUGGAAAGAUAGGUUCUCGCGGCGGUUGGAGCGAUCUGGAGUGCUGGAUCUGGUGGAGUUCCAAGAAGAGAUGGAUCUGGUGGAUUUGGUUUUGGUUGGUAAGAGGAGGGGGGAGUUGAGGUGGUAGGUUUGGUGUGUCUGAAGGGAGAUUUGAAGUGAUGGCUACUGUUCAGAAGUUGCCGGGUUCGAGUUCGAGCACGGCGAGCAGCUACGGUUCCUGCAGGGUGGAUGAUGAGCAGUUCCCUGCGGGGAUGAGGGUUCUUGUGGUUGAUGAUGAUGUGACUUGCUUGAGGAUUUUGGAACACAUGCUACAGAGGUGCCGGUACAAUGUUACAACUUGCUGUCAGGCUACAAAAGCUUUAUCCCUUCUUAGAGAAAGGAAAGGUGGUUAUGAUGUGGUGAUAAGUGAUGUUCAUAUGCCUGACAUGGAUGGAUAUAAGCUACUUGAACUUGUUGGACUUGAAAUGGAUCUUCCUGUUAUUAUGAUGUCCGCUGAUGGGAGAACUAGUGCUGUGAUGAGAGGGAUAAAGCAUGGGGCAUGUGAUUAUUUGAUUAAGCCUGUACGCAUAGAAGAGUUAAAGAACAUAUGGCAGCAUGUUAUUAGAAAAAAAUGGAACGAAAAUAGAGAUCUUGAACAUUCAGGUACCAUGGAGGAAUCUGAUCGUUUUAGACGUGCUGUUGAUGAUACUGAGUAUGCUUCAUCAGUGAAUGAUGGAACAGAUGGUACUUGGAAAUCUCAGAAAAAGAAAAGAGAUGCUAAAGAAGAUGAAGAUGAUGGUGAACUGGACAACGAGGAUCCUUCUGCAUCAAAGAAGCCACGUGUGGUAUGGUCAGUGGAGCUCCAUCAGCAAUUUGUCAGUGCUGUGAAUCAACUUGGCAUUGACAAGGCUGUCCCUAAGAGAAUUCUAGAAUUGAUGAAUGUUCCUGGCCUGACUAGGGAAAAUGUUGCAAGCCAUUUGCAGAAAUUCAGACUAUACUUGAAGAGGUUAAGUGGGGUUGCUCAAAACCAGAGCGUGCUUCCUAAUUCAUUCUGUGGAUCUGUAGAACCAAAUGCCAAAUUGGGCUCAUUGGGCAGAUUUGAUUUCCAAGCUUUGGCUGCUUCAGGUCAAAUUCCACCACAAACUCUAGCUGCUUUGCAUGUCGAGCUCUUAGGCCGACCUUCAGGCAGCUUAGGGUUGCCAGCAGUUGAUCAGCCAGUUCUCCUACAUGCCUCGAUGCGAGCACAUAAGUGCAUUCCUGUUGAACAAGGAGUGGCAUUUGGUCAACCUCUAUUGAAAUGCCAAUCCAGUACACAGAAGCAGCUCCCUCAGUCCAACAUUGUUGUUGAAGACAUGUCCUCUGGUUUUUCAGCUUGGUCUAGUAAUCAAUUCAGUGCAACAGGUACUGCUGGUAAUCUUGGGGCAGUGAACAAAAGUCAGAGUGGUAACUUGCUGGUGCAGAUGUUACAACAGCAACACCCAUACCCUGUGCUGCCAGAAUCUAAUCAUGCAAUUAAUGUACAACCUUCUUGUCUUAUAGCUCCCUCGCAGUCAUCAAAUGGUUUCCAGAUAGGGAACAGUCAUGUUCCGAUAAAUCCGAACUCUACAGUGGAUACUGCUCUGUCAUCCACAAGCUUUCAGGUCAGGAGCAAUGCUCUUCCUGUUAAUCAAAAUUCUAACUAUACUAACAGCAGCACAGUCAUGGAUUACAACCUGAUAUCUUCUCAGUCACAUAAUGUACCAUUGGAUAUGGAACAAGUCUCAAAUGGAGACUUGAAGAAUGUUGGUGUGCUAAAUGGGUACUCAGUUCCAGGAUCAGUUUCACCAUCGGUGUCAUCCUGCUCAAUUCGUACAGAAAGCUGCACUGGUUGGCAGGUGCAGAACUCAAUAGUAAAUGUUGCUCCAGCAAGUAGAUUGCCCACUCACUUGCCUAGCUUGUGCAUUCAAGGAUCUGACUCAAAAACGAGUGCAUUGCCAGACCAAGGACGAGGGAGGAAUCUUGGAUUUGUGGGUAAGGGUACAUGCAUCCCCAGCCGGUUUGCUGUGGAUGACAAUGAAUCUCCAACUAAUGACCCGAGUCAUUGGAAUACAUGCAUUGGUAAUGAAAGGGUCAGAGUGAAGCAAGAGACUGUUUUGGAUUUUGGAGAUGGUUCUGGAGUCGAGAAUUCUAAGUUACCACAUUUCUCUUCGAAUGAUCUCAUGGGUGUUCUGUCCAAGUAGGGAUGGGUUGGCAGGAUGCUACCUGAAAUCCUGAAGUCCUGAAGCUGCUUCAUUAUCCUCAUCAACAUUGAGGGUGCCCAUCAAAUUAUAUUAUCUGUAUAUGAGUAAUUAUACGCUUUUAUCCUAAUGUUGUCUCUGAGAUUGAAUAUAGCAAUCUCUGCUACUUAAUGCUCAUAGGGAGGUAAAUGCUCUAUAUGCUCCUGUGCUUCUUCCCAGGUCGUUGACAAGGAGAUGGGCGUAAAGGAAAGUAAUUUCUCUAUUGUAUGGUAGUUUUUAAUGGCAUUGUAGAAUUCAGGUCACGUCUCUAUAAAUCGUUUAGAUUGUUAGUUUGGUAGAAUAAUUUAUGCCUGUAUGGUAUGCAAACUGAUCCAUUUCUAUAGUGGAAAUGAAGCGCAAACAAGCUGGACGA